CCCGCCACGGUGAUCGACCCCGAGAACCGAAUACUUCUAUGGUAUUUGCCCGGCGUUUUGACCGAGCACUACCGGACGGUCAUAUUGCAAGCCGCAGCGAUCCUAAGCCCAAUGGUAGAAGCCAAUCCCCCGACCGACGAUGGCUCGUGGCGGCAGCAAGCCCAAUAUUUUAGAACACCACGGCCCGGCGAUGAGUUCACACCGGGCUCUGUGGCAUUCUCCCCCGGGUGGUUCCCCCAAGCUCAUAAUGAGAGUAAUUCGCGGCCCGCAGUGUCUGUGCUUCUCCGGAAGGCUGACUCCGUCGGCCGUGAGUGGCUUGAGGCAAUGGUCGAGCCGCACAUCAUUAUCUCCGGCAUGCUCCACGUCAUGCAUCCACAGCUGUAUUCCUGCGGCAUUGCAUCCCUGCAGGCAUUGCGAGGCGACCCAUCCCGAAGGGUUGUGCUUGACAUUUGGAGCAAUCCGUUCAAUGCCUUGUCGAUCAUGCUGAACCGGCGCAGCCGCUUACAUCAGGACCAGAUGUCGUCAAAAGAGUGGUACGACAUGUUGCUCUCCGUUGGCGGGGAUCCCCACCUGGUUAUUCGAUUUCCCACAAUUCCCCUUGUACUACCAUACAAAAGCGGUACAAUUGCGACGUUCUCGGGGGCACGCCUUCCUCAUGAGGUCCCGGAGUCGCAGGCCGAGCGGGUCUGUGUAGCAUACUACAUGCGGCCGAAUAUUCACGCAUGGGCACGUGUGGCCAUGGCUGGUUGG